UAUCAGACUGCAGGUUGCUUGUGUCAGACUUUUUGAAUCUCUCUCUCUCUCUCUCUCUCUCUCUCUCUCUCUCUUUCUCCUUUGCACUUCCCUCCCCCAACCCCUUGCCUUGUAUAAGCCAUUCAAGUAGAACAUUGCCGGAUUAUCCCUCCUCCAUUCAGAGGGGUUCUGUGGGGCACAGGUUCCAACUAAAUCAGCCAGAGCCUCAGACGCUCAGCGCCCAUACUGACCGGCUCACAGUAUAGAAACCAUCAGACUUCACCAGAAACUUCACUGGAAACUUCUUAAAAACUUCGUCUGGAGUUUUCUCAACUUUAUUUAAUCAGAUUUCUUCUUUAUUGAGGUCGAAUUAAACCUUUUGGAUGGGUUCACUGUGGUGCUUGAAGAAGUCCACUCUGCUGCCGCCGCUUUCGCCCUUUGGCCAGCUUCGCUCCGACCACAACAAUGUCCGGCUCCUACGAUGAAUCCGCCGCUGCUGACGAGGCCAUGGACAGUUUUUGGGAGGUGGGGAAUUACAAGCGAGCCGUCAAGAGAAUUGACGACGGCCAUCGACUCUGCAAUGAUCUCAUGAACUGCCUUACGGAGCGUUCCAAGAUCGAGAAGGCGUACAGUCAGCAGCUCAACGAGUGGUCCAAGAGAUGGAGGCUCCUCAUCGAGAAAGGCCCUCAGUACGGUUCUGUGGAGCGGGCCUGGCUGGCGGUGAUGACGGAGGCAGAUAAAGUGAGCGAGCUGCAUCAGGAGGUGAAGAACGGGCUGCUGAACGAGGACGUGGAGAAGGUGAAGAACUGGCAGAAAGACUCCUACCACAAACAGAUGAUUGGCGGCUUCAAGGAGGCCAAAGAGGCAGAGGAAGGAUUUAAGAAGGCUCAGAAGCCCUGGGCCAAGAAACAAAAGGAGAUGGAGACGGCGAAGAAGACGUACCACAUGGCCUGUAAGGAGGAGAAGCUGGCGGCUUCGCGAGAGGCUAACAGCAAAGCCGAGGCGUCCGUCACCCCUGACCAGCAGAAGAAGCUCCACGAGAAAACGGAGAAGUGUAAACAGGACGUCCAGAAGGCUAAGGAGAAGUAUGAGAAGUCUCUAGAAGAGUUAAGCAAGUGCCAGCCGCAGUACAUGGAGAGCAUGGAGCAGGUGUUUGACCAGUGCCAACAGCACGAGGUGAAGAGACUGACCUUCCUCAAAGAGGUUCUGCUGGACAUCAAACGCCACCUCAACCUGACCGAGAACCAAAGCUAUGCUUCAGUGUAUCGUGAGCUUGAACGCACUAUUCUGGCUGCGAACACGCAGGAAGAUCUGAAAUGGUUCAGCAACAACCACGGCCCUGGCAUGCAUAUGAACUGGCCCCAAUUCGAGGAGUAUAAUCCUGAUGCCACUAACGCUGUGGCGAAGAGAGAGAAGAAGAAGCCGGAUGGAGUGGCUCCUGCUACACCCAGUACAGAACAUGGAGGACAGCCUGGGGAUCGCGGCAGCGUGAGCAGCUACGAUAAGAACCAGGCCUACUCUGCAGAAUGGUCAGAUGAUGAACAGCCCGCCGGAUACUCGGGCAACGAAACCAACGGCGGUGGAAACUCGUUCGAGGAGGACAAGCCGAGUGGUGGGGUGCGAGUGCGGGCGCUGUAUGACUAUGACGGGCAGGAACAGGACGAGCUAAGCUUCAAAGCAGGAGACGAGCUGAUGAAGAUCGAGGAGGAGGACGACCAGGGCUGGUGCAGGGGGCGGCUGGACAGCGGCCGGACGGGCUUGUACCCGGCCAAUUACGUGGAGGAGAUCUAAUCCAAUCACCUGAGGAGGACACACCAUUGGAGGCAGCUCCGAUUGUCUGAUCUAAAUAGCCCGGCGUGAAGCCAGAGACUUUAAGAGCAACAUUUACUUUGCCCAAACCAAUGCGCUAAAAGCCGUCUAAAACCAGAAUAAAAAAUAUAAACGUCUUAGUAAUCUAAACGACAAUAUAUUUACACAGUAUAUAUAUUAAGGCCUCUGAGGGUCUGAGGGUGGGGAGACCGUACACGAUAUAUAUAUAUAUAUAUAUAUAUAUAUAUAUAUAUAUAUAUAUAUAUAUAUAUAUAUAUAUAUAAUAUAUAUAUUGAGAAAAAAAACAUUUAUUGUAAUAUAUACAGUAUACACGUUUGUUCAUACAAAAACACAUAUAGACUCGUGUCUAUAUGAACUAAUGUCUAUGAACGACCCAACCAUAUGCAAGUGCAGGGAUACAUUUCGACAUGACUUUUUAUUAUUGUUUUUAUUUUUAUUUAUAUUUUUUUCCUUUUUUUUUUAGUUGUCGUCGUCGCCGUCUCGUUGCUGUUGUUGUGGAGGUGUGCUGGAUAUGAAUUCUGUGCAUCUUGAUACAUCUACUACUAUAUAUUUAUAUAUGUAUACAGGCAUGUGGCCUGAGGACGAGGCCGUUCAGAUGCAUCGUUGGUUUGCAUUUAUUUGAGGUACGAAAAAAUAUAUAAAAAUAUAUAUAAAUAUAUAUAUAUAUACAUAUAGUCUUUAUGUAGCAGAGUCAGUGUGUGCAUUGCUGCAUAUGCGUCCAGUCCACCGUCUCACCGUCUUACUGUCUUACUGUCUUGGUCCAACAGUCAACGGUAAUUGCUGAGAAAACAUAUAUAUAAAAUAUACAUAUAAAAUAUAUAUAAUGACAACAACAACAACAACACACCAUCAUUACUCUCCUCCAUCAUCUUCCCUACUUCUUCUUCCUCUUUUUCCUCUUCUUCCGUUAACCCAGUAUGUAUGUAUGUGUGUGUAUAUAUGUGUGAAUAUAUAUGUAUGUGUGUGUGCUGUACACGUUAGCUAUCGUUCUUCUCUCGCUGUCCUCUUGAUGUCGAGGUGUGUGUGUGUUUUUUAUGUAUAGCAGCAUGUGUGCUAUGCAUGUAACCCUCCGUCCCAGGAUUUCCUCAGGCCAUCUUUUCAUCUUUUAUUAACUGGAUGCAAUGCUCACAGUGGCCACCGGGGGCGCUAGCGUGCAGGCGCUACAUCUCAGCCCCUCGAGCACACCUUCCUUUAUCUUCCUCGAACCCGAGACGUGUUGAAACCAGAAAAAUCGGACUAUAUAUCUUUUAGAGGAAGAUAUCUCUGCUUUGCUUUGAACCGUUGCGUCGUUGUGUCAUCAUGUGUCAUCUUCAUCACCAUUAUCAUCAUCAUUAUCACGGAUACUCUCGAUUAGUCCAUUGCAUUGACUAAUUUACUGCAUUUUCUCGCUGUGAACAUGCUCAGAGACUGUUUUCGCAGCCAUAGCAUGAUUCCACGAAUGCACAGAACCUCAGAUGAAGGCUCUAUGAUACUGUUGCAUCUCUGUAUCAUCAUCAUCAUCAUCAUCAUGAUCAUCAUUAUGAUCAUUCGUAUCCCAGCACCUAGAGUAACGAAUGGACCCUGGGUAGCUUUUGCAGUACGUGACCGACUGUCAUUCAUGCUCACUUGUCCAGACUUGAUUGAAAAAAAAAAAAAAAAGAAAAAAAAAAAAUGUUGACAUGAAUGUAGUCACUGUUAAUUUUCGUUUUUUUUUUUUUCGUUCUUUCUUUUAUUUGUUUGCUUGUCUGUUGAUUUGUUUGUUUGAUUGUUUGUUUAAUAUCUGUUUUGUUUAAGGGUUUGGGGGGGGGGGUGGGCUUUUACCUCGUUUCUGGUCUCCUGUGCGCCUAAAAGAGCUAUUCGCCUGGCAAUACGAUAUAAAAUUACGUAUAAAAUUAGCUAAAAUAUCAGCUUCGUCCCUGUAUAUAUAUAUAUAUAUAUAUAUAUAUAUAUGUACUGAUAUUGCCCUGCUGCUUAGUGCUUAGACUCGUUAGACGCAUCGAUAGCCUUCUGCUGAGGUUCCUGCUGAGGUUUCUGUUGAGGUCAGUGGCUUGGCGUCCGUCUAUAGAGGAAGCACCUAUUGGUCUAAUGGUCUAAUGGUCACCUGGUUUCAGAAAGAGCUGGCGGCAGUGUGGGUGUGGCCAAUAUAUAGCAAAUAUAUUGCAGGACUGAGGCAGAGUAUCUCCAAAUCACAGUAUUUGGAGAUUUAGAGCAGAUAAAGUAGAAUCAAAGCUACAAUCGAAGGGUCUUUUCACACCUAUUGUAUGUAGUAUGGUUUGCUCUGGUCUUAAAUCAGUUAAUGAUUCUGUAAACUUACAUAUUUUUACGUAAAAUAUGUAAAAAAAAAAAAAAAGAAUCCAAAAGUGCAACAAAGUGUGCCACAGUUAAAAAAAAUAGCAAAAUAAUACACCAAAAUAUGUCAGAAUAUGUUAAGGUAGUUUUGGCCCCGUCUGAGUGCAUUUACUGUGUUCACACCUGCUCAAACAAAUCACAUCAAGGGUAAAACUGAACCAGAUUCAGAAUCAGACCCUAAAAACCUUUCAAAAAUGGCACAAAACCAUCAGUGCACUAAAUAAUCCAGAAAAAUAAUAUUAUUUAACGUAUUAUGCUGAAUCAAGCAACUAAUUAGUCUUCUUUAAAGGGAAACUCCACCCAAUUUGAGAACAAAACUGGCAUAAUUAAUCAGUUUAAACAAAGUAAAACAAGUCAUGCAUUAAUGUGAAAUUGAUUUGAUGUAAAAUGCUUCAUUCUAGAGAAAAAAAAAACAAGAUUCUGAUUUAAAGGGGGAAUAAAACCACUGAUUUUUGCUCAAAGUUGAAAAAUAGCAAGAAAUCUGAGGGGUAGUUUGGGAGGAGCACUGGGUGAUGUAUGGGUUUAGUGGCGGGGCAGGAGGGAGAGCUUAUUGAUUGGCUGAGCUGCAGCAGCAGCAGUGUGCCUCUGAUAGCGGUAGUGAGACUCAUAUUCAUGCCUAUAGCACAGUUGAACCUGAGAGGGUGCUGCAGAGGCAAAUAUUACCAUAAUAAAAGCAGUUUAUAAAGGUUAGCAAAUUAACACAUUUCAGCUAUUCAUGGAAAAAUAUAUAGUUUAUGCUUUAGUGGCUCUUUAACAUCCAGGUUGUUGAAUAUUGUCCACCCCUACACUGUAUAAAAUAAAUGUGGAAGAGUCUCUUUAUUAAGAACCUCUAGGUUACUCUUGAGGACCUACAGGCUCCUCCAAGAACUUCAUAAAAAAAAAACGUUCACAAAUGCCCUCCGAGGAUCAUGUAAGAACUUUUGGGAUUCUUUGGUAUAAAACCUGGUUCCUGCACUGUAAACCACAGGCCCAACACUUCCCAGGCCCAAUCAUGGUAGCCUAGAUCAAAGGUCACCAACCCUGCUUCGGGAGAGCUACUGUCCUUCAGGUUACAUCCCCAUCACUAUCACAAUCUCAAAUCUAACAAUGAUUGAGCACUCAAUCACUGCUGGAGGCAGUAGGUAGAUGGAUCAGUUUUUUGGGGGAUUGAUUAGGGGGUGGGGCUAAAGUCUGCUGAAAGGUAGUUCCUCCCCAGGAGCAGGAUUGGUCACCCCUGGCAUACAUCAUCUAAAUGGAUGGAAACAUGACUUAUUUCCUAUUUAUCCUAUCAAGAUUGGGUUCCUCUAAGAACCUUUUCUUUAAAAUCUUAGCAAGUUAAAUCCUCUUAAAUCUAGUUUAAAUAGCUGACAUCUAAUUUUUGCAUUGUUGUGAGAAUUUUCUAUAAAUAAUUAGCUAAUUUCUAACAGAAAUUCCCUUAUUUUAAGGUAAUUUUAUCUACUGGAAGUGUCUUAUUACUUUGGUAGCUCGAUACUUUGCUGGUUUUAAUUCUAUUCUUAUUUCUUAAAAAAAACUAAAAUGUUUUUAAAUAUAGCAGGUUUGACACUUAACACCAACAUAUGACACUUUACGUGGAUUAAAUGCCCUAUCAAGCUUUAUCUUAACUUAACUUAAGUUUUUUUUUAUCUUAUCUUAACUUAAAAGUGCUUUUCAGACAAAAAAUACAAAAUUAAAAUAUAUAAAAAAUAGAAGAAAUAAUAAAAGCACAGACGAAUCAAUGUACAAAACUGUCCACAUAAUAACCAUGUUUAUUCAUACAAGAGAAUAAAAAUGAGUCUUUAAAUGCUAGCGUCAGUGUAUCUUUGCUAGCGUAACGACGGGAAAAGUACACCUUGUGUAACUUGAAAUAACCCAAUUAGUGUGUCACUUUUAGUUAAUUCCCUUUUAGAGCCAGGUGCGCUCUUGUGACUUUGGCGGAUUGCUAUUUUAACAGUGCAGCUACUUGAACAUGUCCAACGUUUAUCAGCAUAGAAAAAUGACCUGCUUGUUCAAAAAUUAGCAUUUUAGAAUUUAGAAUGUAUUUAAUAGAAUUUUAUUCUAAUAAAACUACUUUAAUAAUCAUAAAAUGAAAAAUAUUAUAUAUAUGUAGAUAUAGAUAUAUAGACUACAUUUAAGAGGAUUUCACUUGCUAAUAAAAGUGCAUUUUAAAGAGUUUCCUCCACAGUUUCCAAAAGCGAAGAACCUCCAAAAGUUCCUUAAGGUUCUAAACAUUGUCUUUCCAUUCUAACAGUGUAUGGUGCUGUCAUCUAAUAAUACCAGAACUUUCAUCACACCAUCAAACCCAGUCCUGAAGCCAAAAUCAGUUCUGAUAUAUCAUCUUAAUGGAGACUUACUUCUUAUAUCAUCAGACGUUCACAUUUAUCUCAUUUCAGAGUAGUACAGUAGCUACUGCAUUAUUAUGGGAAAAUCCAGUUUUUUGGGAGUCCAGUUGGUGAUCAUGUCUAUAUUUAUCAGAGGAAGCUACACAAGAGUUUAGAAACGGAGGUUCGUAGACGUUGCGUUCACUGCAUUUAGCCUAACAUUAACAGACUAGUGAAGACACGUAGCCGGAGUAUAUGUACAGUAUAUAUACAUAUAUAUAUAUAGUAUAUAUAUAUAUAGUCCGGAUAGAUCGGGAGGCGAAAUGCGAAAUCCCACCACCAGCUUUUACAUGAUGAUUUGUAUGGAUAUAUAAGCUGUCCAGCCUAGCAAAAACGACUUAACCACUCAACCACUCAACGACUUUAUGAUUAUAAGGCUUUACUACGGCUCUCGCUGUGGAAAUAGUCCAGAAUCGGUCACUAGAACACAAGAACACACACACACACAAAAAAAAAGGCGCACCAUGUUAUACUGGGGGCUAAUCAAUAAAUUGAUGUGUCGGGUGAAUAAUAUCAGACAUCUUUAUUAUAUCCAGUGUGUGUAUGAGUUGUGUUGAUGUAUAGAGAAAAAAAAAAAUUACGAAAAAAAAAGUGAAAAAUGCAAGUGUUUCGAACACCAAGACAAAAUACGUAGUGUCAUACUUGUUAAAAAUGUUAAAAAAGCGACAAAAACAAGGAAACGUUAAGAAAAACUUCCUAGACGUUGAAAAAUGUUACGCUCUAUAGGAAUCCAUAUCGUUGUUUGAUUUCAUUUGGAUUGCAAUGGAACUGUGUAUGUACCAUACCUGUAUAAACGCGUGUGGUCCACGCCGUCCUAUUUGUAUAUGAUGAUGUAAUUAAAAAAGAAAAAAAAAAGAAGAUUAUAUUCUAUUGUAACUGUACAACUAUGUUGAGUAGAGACGAAACCUAACUAAAAAGUUGAGACAGUGACGGAACACCAUGUUCUACAUGUAAAUGCUUUUUUUUUUUUUUUUUUAAAUGUCGACCUGCUCUUUAUGCAUAUGACCAAGGGGAUACGAUGGCUUCUGUUGUGAAAAAAAAAAAAAAACUACUUUAGCAGUCUAGAGGAUGUAUGUAUGUUAAUAAUUAGUGAUGUAAUUUGAUCUCCUUACUGGUUGUAGUGCCUGUUCAUCUUAAUAUAAACACGACGUUCAUUUAAAUAUGCAUAAAGACGAGAAGCCGAGGAUGGACCGGACCAGGGGGAGGGCGCUUGUAGUGCUGAGAACGAUUGACGGAAUUGCAAAAUAUAGACCGCUGAAGUCUAUAUAUUGCAAAAUAUAGACAGCUGAAGUCUAUAUAUUGCAAAAUAUAGACAGCUGAAGUCUAUAUAUUGCAAAAAACAGACCGCUGAAGUCUAUAUAUUGCAAAAUAUAGACCGCUGAAGUCUAUAUAUUGCAAAAUAUAGACCGCUGAUGCGUCAUUUUGUAGUCCUAGUACGGCUUCUGUGACUGGACCAGGGGGAGGGCGCUUAUAGUGCUGAGAACGAUUGACGGAAUUGCAAAAUAUAGACCGCUUAAGUCUAUAUAUUGCAAAAUAUAGACCGCUGACGUCUAUAUAUUGCAAAAUAUAGACCUCUGAAGUCUAUAUAUUGCAAAAUAUAGACCGCUGAUGCGUCAUUUUGUAAUCCUAGUAUGGCUUCUGUGACUGGACCAGGGGGAGGGCGCUUAUAGUGCUGAGAACGAUUGAAAGAAUUUGCAAAACAUAGACCGCUGAAGUCUAUAUAUUGCAAAAAACAGACCGCUGAAGUCUAUAUAUUGCUAAAUAUAGACCGCUGAAGUCUAUAUAUUGCAAAAUAUAGACCGCUGAAGUCUAUAUAUUGCAAAAUAUAGACCGCUGAAGUCUAUAUAUUGCAAAAAACAGACCGCUGAAGUCUAUAUAUUGCAAAAUAUAGACCGCUGAAGUCUAUAUAUUGCAAAAUAUAGACCGCUGAAGUCUAUAUAUUGCAAAAUAUAGACCGCUGAUGCGUCAUUUUGUAGUCCUAGUACGGCUUCUGUGUCUAAGCGUUUUUUUUUCCUAUAAGGAAAAGGAAAUUUGAGUGGUAAAUAAAUAUAUGUUUAGACCCCUGUACGUUUUAUUCUUAUGUUAUACCACUGGAUCCUCUGAAUUUCGAUACAGUUUAAGAGUCGUAAUGAGAAAAAUGCUAGCUUUAAGCUAAUGCUUAACUGACGUUACAGCACAGCGGCUGGAAAUGACCCCGGACUGGAUUCUGCGCAACACCAGCAAACUCUACCUGGAAAAUUCUAUGAAAAUUCUAUCAGUACGUUUUAUUCUGUACACAUUUACCUCCUAAACAUCACUGGAUCCUCUAAAUUAUGAGAUCGUUUAAGAGUCGUAACGAGAAAAAUGCUAGCUUUAAGCUAAUGCUACAGCGGAGUGAACUCAGUGAACUCCCAGCGCAGCUGCAGAGAUCGGCAGGGGACUCUUUUCGGCGCAACACCAGCAAAUCCCGGCCGUAAGCUUACAGCAACAUAUUACACACAACUGAUGCAACUAAUGAAUUAACUGAUUGUUAAAGCAGCACAGAGUUAGCCCAGAACACAUUUUACUGUCCAUUUACUGUCUUUAUUAUGCAGUGAAAUAAAUCAGAGAUGUUUGGUGUUUCUGGCUCGUUGUUUUAGUACGUUAAGCUACGUUAAGGUUUUUCGUUGUAAAAUGUUUCAGUGGGGAAAAAACCUAUAUUAAUCCUUUUUUAUUAAGUGUUUAAGACUCUAUGGCUCUUAAGUCAGCUGGGUUAGCUCUGUGGUUCUGGAGUAACGUUAACUCUGUCCUGCUAGUUUUCCUGAUGUAUCACAGUUAGUAGUUGACAUAGUUGAUUGGUUAGUUGUUUAUUUGGAUCAGCUGUGUUGUAAUUAGUAUAAACUAAUGACUGUAACUAAAUAAGCAGCUAAAGCUCACUUUCUGUUAUUAUCUGAGGCUACACUGAACACUCAACAUAACCAGACUGAUAAGAGUUUUCACCUGUUUAAAUGCUAUAAUGAUCCUCUGUGAAGAAGAAGAAAAAGAAGAAUAAUGCAAAACUCGAUCUGACCGGAGUUCGCUGGUGUACUGCAGAAUCGAGUCUGGUGUCAUUCUCUGCUGCUGUGCUAUGACGUCAGUUAAGCAUUAGCUUAAAGUUAGCAUUUUUCUAAAUAAACGAUCCCUUAAACGAUCUUGAAAUUCAGAGGAUUCAGUGAUAUUUAGGAGGUAAAUGUACACAGAAUAAAGCGUACAUGGUUCUGAACGUAUUUAUUUAACACAGAAUGUGAUCGAGGCAAUUUUAGAAAAGCCCAUUCAAAUUCCCCAUUCACUUAAACCGCUUAGACACGGAAACCCAAAUAUGGGCAUAUAAAAAACAGCAUGGUGCCGACUACAAAAUGACGACGUGACUUCAGUGGUCUAUUAGUUGGGAAGAAGAAAACAAGCUUGUGGAGAGAAAAAAGAAAGAUAAAGAGCUCUGGUUCAUUAAUGGAGAUGGAGGUUACGUUCUUAACUGUGAUUAAUGUGUCAGUAACGGAGACGUUUUAACUGGCGAUGCAGUGUGAAUAGAGAUGAAUGCCCUACUGUCCUUUUUUUGGGCGGUCAAUGAGAAAUGUGCUGGUUAGUAUCAGGGCUCAGAAUCUGAAUAAAAAAUUUAUUUGCUCCGAGCAGAACCGACA